AUGUCAGAAAAUAAGUUUCAAUUCCUUUUUGACAUUCAAAAACGCAUAAAACACCAUAAACUUAUGCUCAAGGAGCUUAAUUCUGCCAUUAAUCCAGAGUUACAGAAGUAUGAUGAAGAGAUUUCAGAAUAUUUCAUCUCAAUGCAAGCGUCAAAUAAAAUUAUACACGAUAUUAUGAACAACAGUAAGGGAAAAUCGGUAUCUGAGAUAUUAAAUGGAGUCCAAAUGACGUAUCAUAUUUCAGAAGAUUAUUCAAUGUGCGAUAACAUCCAAAAAUGCGUCGAAAACUCACUAGAUGUCAUACGAUAUAAAGCAAUAUCUGAUAAAUACACCUCGUUCUGCAUUGUUCCAUCUUUAUUUAGAUAUCUUUGGUGCAAAGAAGACGUAGAAUCAUACCUAUCAUUUGUUUUUGAGUCAGAAGAAUCGGUUCAAGUUGAAUUAAUCAAAUGUUUAAUUACACAUCCAUUUAUAAUUUCUUAUUUUCGUGCUUCUCUACAACCUCUUUACAGAAAGUUCGAUAAUCUACCACAAGAACAAGUUGUUGAUGAAACAAUUAAGUCUUUACUCGAAUAUGUCGAAUUAAUUCCUGACUUUUUCAUGAAAAUACUGAAGCAUUUCCAUAAUCCAAGAGUUAUCUUUGUUGAUAUCUUCCUUCGCGCAUACAUUCUUGAUCCUUUCCUCUUUGGUUGCUGUAGAUAUGAAUUUCAAUUGUAUCACAGUGAUUUCUUUGGAAAAUACUUUGACUUCCUUAAGGAAUACUUUUUUAGUGAGGCUAGCUUAUCAUUCAUUAUAACAUUAUUAUCAACAAAGUCUGUUUUACUUUCUCCUUCAAUGAAACUGUUUCAAGAUGUUACAUUAGAGUAUGGAGAUAGAUAUAUGGUUGGACCAGAGGAAUCAGACUUCUUAGAAUCCAUUUGCACAGUCAAUUCCUCAAAUUAUACUUAUUUGUAUAAGAAACAGCCAAUGAAGCCACUUCCAGAUCCAAUAUCAUCACUUCCUCCAUUUGUUGAUUCUGUUAUCAGGCUGCUAGAGAACUCAAACAUGGUUUUAGCCGAAGGAAAUAAUUUUUCAAAGUCAGCCAUCACUCAAAUUGUAGAAUUAGGAGCUCCACAUCUUCUUCCAGAACUAGAUCAGAUUUCUAAUGAUCUUGCCAAGCUUGAAAUCGGUGAUUUAUGUCAAAUGAUUGAAGUUAAGUUAAAGUAUCAAGAAAACUACAUUCAAGCAAGAAUUAAAGAUAUAGUUGCAAGAUACUCAAGUCAAUCUUCUCUAAUCAGAAUGUAUACCCAAGUUUCAAAGUCAAUUAUUGAAAAUGCAAAAGUUUUAGCAUUCUUAGAGAACCCAACAGAUAAGCCCGAAAACAUAAACUGCUCAAGAGCCAAAGUAACUGUCGAUUUACUUGAUACAAUGUCUAAUUUCAUGUGGGAAACAGAUUUAGACAAAGCAGCACUUGUUUUCUACAAUUCUGAUGUAAUAGAGGAUAAAGAUCCAUUUAUAACGAAAUGCAAAGGGAAACUUAGCGAAUUAAAGUUCUUUGCAAACGAAUUAUCUUUAAUUGUAGAUGGAGCUUCACCACUGGCCAUGGCCGACCACAUUAUCACUGCCAUGGGUUGGUUGAGCGAAUACAUCUUCUCCUGCGGCCAAGAAGAAGCAGGUGCCGACCAAAUUGUUCCUUUAACGAUUCUUGCGAUAACUGUAGCAAGACCAGCUCAUUUGGGAAGUUUGGUUGCUAUUUUAGAUGAUUAUUUGAUGCCAAUCAAUGAGAGAACACCAAUUUUCUCUCAUACAGAAACAUUUUUUGUUUCGACAUUCAUUGCUGCAUCAAACUACAUUCUUGACAAGGCAAGGGAAGUUAUUGAGAAUCCGUUCUCUCCUUCAAAGUUUAAUGAUUGA